UCUUCAUAAUUGAGGGGGCCCUAUUCAAAGACAAAUAAAACACACACACACAUACACACGCACGCACGCACAAAUCGAUUAUCUUUCUCGAAAACAACCAAAAAGAUUCAAAUAAUCCGAAUAUAUACAUACAAUUUGAUCUGUAUCUAUACCUUUGAUUCGUUCAAUCUCUCGUUUCUGAUUCAUCAAUCGCCGGUCAAAUCCACCAACAUUUCCGUUUCUCGUCGGAAAAUCACGUCAUACAUCACCAGCGUCGGUAUUUCUUCACAGAUUCCGAUUUAUUUUGAAAUAAGGGUGAUUGAUUAUUGUACGUAUUAGCUGCAGCUGAGUGUUAUGUUGAAGAGUAUAAUUGGUCGUAGUAGUAGUAAACAAAAUGCCGAUAUGGAAUCUUUUUUUCCGAUUAGGCCCGAUUGCCAACAACAUGUUCCUAAGACCAGAUUUAAACCUAAGGUUGGGAAAACUUUAAGUGAAAGAAGAUGGAAUGCUGCGUUUGAUAAAGACGGUCGUUUGGAUAUAGCAGCCGUGCUUAGGAGGAUACAAAGAGGGGGCAUUCAUCCAUCAAUUAAGGGGGCAGUCUGGGAAUUUUUGUUGGGUUGUUAUGAUCCCAACAGUACCUCCGAGGAACGAGAAAACCUCAGGAAAAAGAGGAGGGAACAGUAUAAUUCAUGGAAGGAGGAAUGCAAAAAGAUUGUACCCAUUAUUGGUACUGGGAACUUUGUCAUGGCACCUUUAGAGUCUGAGGAUGGAGAACCUGUAGAAAGUAACGGAAUUCUUCAGCCAAACUCUGAUGAUGAGUCCGACAAGAAAGUAUCCCAGUGGAAACUUAGCUUGCAUCAGAUAGGUUUGGAUGUUGUACGCACAGAUCGUGCUCUUGUUUUUUAUGAAAAUGAAGCUAAUCAGGCCAAACUUUGGGAUCUUCUUGCCAUAUAUACUUGGGUUGAUGACGAUAUUGGUUAUGUUCAAGGGAUGAAUGAUAUAUGUUCCCCAAUGGUAAUUCUUUUGAAGGAUGAAGCAGAUGCCUUUUGGUGCUUUGAGCAUGCAAUGCGUAGAGUGAGGGAAAACUUCAGGUCUAAUGCAACUUCUAUGGGAGUACAAGCACAACUUGGAAUACUUUCACAAGUUAUGAGAGUUGUUGACCCAAAGCUUCAUCAACACCUUGAGGGCUUGGACGGUGGAGAAUAUUUAUUUGCCAUCCGUAUGCUUAUGGUACUUUUCCGAAGGGAAUUUUCCUUUAUAGACGCCUUAUAUUUAUGGGAGGUUAUGUGGGCCAUGGAAUAUAAUCCAAACAUGUUUGCUGAUUAUGCUUCAAAUGGUUCGCAUGAAGUUGUAGCAACAAAAUUAAGCAGUAAAGUACUACAACAGUAUGGAAAAUACGAAAGAAAAAACGUGAGAAAUGGACGAACGGAUCAAAAAAGUCUUCUUGCUGUUUUUUUAGUGGCGGGUGUUCUCGAGACCAAAAACAAAAAACUCCUGAACGAGGCUAAAGGCCUAGAUGAUGUUGCCCAGAUCAUGGGUGAUAUAACCGGAAGCUUGGAUGCAAAAAAAGCUUUGACAGAAGCACUGAAAAUUCACAAAAAGUAUAUGAACAAGGCAAGAAAUUGAUGAAAGUUAAGUUUUCUCCAGGCAGCUAUGUAACCAAUUCUUUUCUUGUGUGAUUCUUGACCUCUAUAUUCAUCCAUUAGAUCUUCCUUCGGUGCUAAGUUUUCCCUGAGUUAGCAUAUUGUAGCUGGACCGACACGUGGGACCCACAUACGUCUCGUGUGGAAUUGACCCACAUGGGUCUCGGAUAUUGAGUCCGUAUGAUAUUGGAGCAACUCAAAAACCGUGUAAUUCUUUGUAUCAUUGUGUAUUUGUAUAAUGCCUCUUCCCUGUCUCAUCACGUUUUUUAUGUAAAAUGAGAAAGUAUGUUUCGUAACUAUUAAAAUGACACGUGGACCCCU